AUGAAAGCUCUCGAAAGUAGUAAUAAACAGAUGAGUGAGAAGCUCAGUAGCAAAGAAGAAGACCUGAAAAACUGUCAAGACAGAGAGAAGCAGCUAAACAAUGACUUGAAAGCUCUCGAAAGCAGUAAUAAACAGAUGAGUGAGAAGCUCAGUAGCAAAGAAGAAGACCUGAAAAACUGUCAAGACAGAGAGAAGCAGCUAAACAAUGACUUGAAAGCUCUCGAAAGCAGUAAUAAACAGAUGAGUGAGAAGCUCAGUAGCAAAGAAGAAGACCUGAAAAACUGUCAAGACAGAGAGAAGCAGCUAAACAACAAAAUGAAAGCUCUCGAAAGCAGUAAUAAACAGAUGAGUGAGAAGCUCAGUAGCAAAGAAGAAGACCUGAAAAACUGUCAAGACAGAGAGAAGCAGCUAAACAAUGACUUGAGAGCUCUCGAAAGCAGUAAUAAACAGAUGAGUGAGAAGCUCAGUAGCAAAGAAGAAGACCUGAAAAACUGUCAAGACAGAGAGAAGCAGCUAAACAAUGACUUGAGAGCUCUCGAAAGCAGUAAUAAACAGAUGAGUGAGAAGCUCAGUAGCAAAGAAGAAGACCUGAAAAACUGUCAAGACAGAGAGAAGCAGCUAAACAACAAAAUGAAAGCUCUCGAAAGCAGUAAUAAACAGAUGAGUGAGAAGCUCAGUAGCAAAGAAGAAGACCUGAAAAACUGUCAAGACAGAGAGAAGCAGCUAAACAAUGACUUGAGAGCUCUCGAAAGCAGUAAUAAACAGAUGAGUGAGAAGCUCAGUAGCAAAGAAGAAGACCUGAAAAACUGUCAAGACAGAGAGAAGCAGCUAAACAACAAAAUGAAAGCUCUCGAAAGUAGUAAUAAACAGAUGAGUGAGAAGCUCAGUAGCAAAGAAGAAGACCUGAAAAACUGUCAAGACAGAGAGAAGCAGCUAAACAACAAAAUGAAAGCUCUCGAAAGUAGUAAUAAACAGAUGAGUGAGAAGCUCAGUAGCAAAGAAGAAGACCUGAAAAACUGUCAAGACAGAGAGAAGCAGCUAAACAACAAAAUGAAAGCUCUCGAAAGCAGUAAUAAACAGAUGAGUGAGAAGCUCAGUAGCAAAGAAGAAGACCUGAAAAACUGUCAAGACAGAGAGAAGCAGCUAAACAAUGACUUGAAAGCUCUCGAAAGCAGUAAUAAACAGAUGAGUGAGAAGCUCAGUAGCAAAGAAGAAGACCUGAAAAACUGUCAAGACAGAGAGAAGCAGCUAAACAACAAAAUGAAAGCUCUCGAAAGCAGUAAUAAACAGAUGAGUGAGAAGCUCAGUAGCAAAGAAGAAGACCUGAAAAACUGUCAAGACAGAGAGAAGCAGCUAAACAAUGACUUGAAAGCUCUCGAAAGCAGUAAUAAACAGAUGAGUGAGAAGCUCAGUAGCAAAGAAGAAGACCUGAAAAACUGUCAAGACAGAGAGAAGCAGCUAAACAACAAAAUGAAAGCUCUCGAAAGCAGUAAUAAACAGAUGAGUGAGAAGCUCAGUAGCAAAGAAGAAGACCUGAAAAACUGUCAAGACAGAGAGAAGCAGCUAAACAAUGACUUGAAAGCUCUCGAAAGCAGUAAUAAACAGAUGAGUGAGAAGCUCAGUAGCAAAGAAGAAGACCUGAAAAACUGUCAAGACAGAGAGAAGCAGCUAAACAACAAAAUGAAAGCUCUCGAAAGCAGUAAUAAACAGAUGAGUGAGAAGCUCAGUAGCAAAGAAGAAGACCUGAAAAACUGUCAAGACAGAGAGAAGCAGCUAAACAAUGACUUGAAAGCUCUCGAAAGCAGUAAUAAACAGAUGAGUGAGAAGCUCAGUAGCAAAGAAGAAGACCUGAAAAACUGUCAAGACAGAGAGAAGCAGCUAAACAAUGACUUGAAAGCUCUCGAAAGCAGUAAUAAACAGAUGAGUGAGAAGCUCAGUAGCAAAGAAGAAGACCUGAAAAACUGUCAAGACAGAGAGAAGCAGCUAAACAACAAAAUGAAAGCUCUCGAAAGCAGUAAUAAACAGAUGAGUGAGAAGCUCAGUAGCAAAGAAGAAGACCUGAAAAACUGUCAAGACAGAGAGAAGCAGCUAAACAAUGACUUGAAAGCUCUCGAAAGCAGUAAUAAACAGAUGAGUGAGAAGCUCAGUAGCAAAGAAGAAGACCUGAAAAACUGUCAAGACAGAGAGAAGCAGCUAAACAAUGACUUGAAAGCUCUCGAAAGCAGUAAUAAACAGAUGAGUGAGAAGCUCAGUAGCAAAGAAGAAGACCUGAAAAACUGUCAAGACAGAGAGAAGCAGCUAAACAACAAAAUGAAAGCUCGCGAAAGUAGUAAUAAACAGAUGAGUGAGAAGCUCAGUAGCAAAGAAGAAGACCUGAAAAACUGUCAAGACAGAGAGAAGCAGCUAAACAACAAAAUGAAAGCUCUCGAAAGCAGUAAUAAACAGAUGAGUGAGAAGCUCAGUAGCAAAGAAGAAGACCUGAAAAACUGUCAAGACAGAGAGAAGCAGCUAAACAACAAAAUGAAAGCUCUCGAAAGUAGUAAUAAACAGAUGAGUGAGAAGCUCAGUAGCAAAGAAGAAGACCUGAAAAACUGUCAAGACAGAGAGAAGCAGCUAAACAAUGACUUGAAAGCUCUCGAAAGCAGUAAUAAACAGAUGAGUGAGAAGCUCAGUAGCAAAGAAGAAGACCUGAAAAACUGUCAAGACAGAGAGAAGCAGCUAAACAACAAAAUGAAAGCUCUCGAAAGUAGUAAUAAACAGAUGAGUGAGAAGCUCAGUAGCAAAGAAGAAGACCUGAAAAACUGUCAAGACAGAGAGAAGCAGCUAAACAAUGACUUGAAAGCUCUCGAAAGCAGUAAUAAACAGAUGAGUGAGAAGCUCAGUAGCAAAGAAGAAGACCUGAAAAACUGUCAAGACAGAGAGAAGCAGCUAAACAAUGACUUGAAAGCUCUCGAAAGCAGUAAUAAACAGAUGAGUGAGAAGCUCAGUAGCAAAGAAGAAGACCUGAAAAACUGUCAAGACAGAGAGAAGCAGCUAAACAAUGACUUGAAAGCUCUCGAAAGCAGUAAUAAACAGAUGAGUGAGAAGCUCAGUAGCAAAGAAGAAGACCUGAAAAACUGUCAAGACAGAGAGAAGCAGCUAAACAAUGACUUGAAAGCUCUCGAAAGCAGUAAUAAACAGAUGAGUGAGAAGCUCAGUAGCAAAGAAGAAGACCUGAAAAACUGUCAAGACAGAGAGAAGCAGCUAAACAACAAAAUGAAAGCUCUCGAAAGCAGUAAUAAACAGAUGAGUGAGAAGCUCAGUAGCAAAGAAGAAGACCUGAAAAACUGUCAAGACAGAGAGAAGCAGCUAAACAAUGACUUGAAAGCUCUCGAAAGCAGUAAUAAACAGAUGAGUGAGAAGCUCAGUAGCAAAGAAGAAGACCUGAUCAUUUGGCAAGACAGAGUGAGACAAAAAGAGAAAGACAACAAGGAACUUCAGGAAAAAGUGGAUCAGCUCAAGGACAAUGAAAAACAACUACAAAGUAAUCUGACUGCAGCAAAAAUUACAGAAGGAUUUCUAAAUUCCAGAUUACAAUCACAAUAUGAUAUGAUCCAAAGAAAGGAAGAAAUACAAGUCAAAGAAAAAGAGCUGCAUGACGAAGAGAGAGAACUGGAUAGAAGAGUCGUGGAACUGGAUAAAAGAGAGAAAAAUCUGGAUGAACGAGAGAAGCAGAUAGAGAUCAGAGAGAGAGAACUGAGACAGGCAGAUCGUGGAUCCAGUGAACAUCAUCAGACCACAGCAGUCACUCCCUCUGGCAAGUAUUAUUUAUAUAUUUAUUGA